AUGAUUGCGUUACAAAAUCGGCCUAUAUUGCCUCCUGCCAAAGUGGAUAUCUCACUACUACUCAAGCCCCAGGAUGAGGAAGAAACCUCCUUCCCCCCCAGGACGAUCGGGCCGCCACUGGGUAUGGGAAUGAUGAUGCCAGGCCCCGCGGCCAUGACCGCCAUGACCAUGCCACCACUCUCCAAGGCCGGCUCCACGGGAGCCCCCAAGCGGCUGCAGCCAUCUCACACCGCCGAAUCACCCGCCAAGAAGCAGUCCAAGUGGUCACCCGAUGAAGACGCCUUGAUCAUCGAGUUGCGUGGAAGUGGGAUGAAGUGGGAGGAUAUCAGCAAACGACUUCCCGGACGGAGUGCCAUCAGUUGCCGUCUGCAUUAUCAAAACUACCUGGAACGCCGCAGUGAAUGGGACGAGGAUAAGAAGAACAAACUCGCCCGCUUAUACGAAAGAUUCAAAGCCGAAAUGUGGUCCAAAGUGGCCGAAGAAAUGGCCAUCCCCUGGCGGGCUGCAGAGGCCAUGCACUGGCAACUGGGAGAACAGGAAAUGGCCCGCCGUGCGGGUGUUGUCCCCUUCUCUCUGUCCAGUGCUGCGAUCGAUCCCCCCACCACCAGAACCCGUCGCGCCAGUACCUCUCUCGCCCGGCCGCGAAAGGGUUCGCAUUCUCGCGCAAUCCCGGGCAUCCCCGGUCAUCCACCACAGUUACCCUCUCUGGAAGAGUUGACAGCAGGUGUCCCCGCAUACGCCCCUCCACCCCCGAGAGAUUUCUAUGGCAGAGAGAUGGGUCUGCCCCCAAGUCUCAUGGGCCCUCAUCUCGGUUUGCCUCCUCGGACGAUGCCUUGA